UUAGUUUAGCCCCAGGGACACGCAGCAUCUUCAAGAUGAAGUUGUCUGCUUGUAUUUUUAUUAUCGCCGCUAUUGGCAUUUGCUUGGUGCAUUCCAAAACGCAAAAAAGUCCCGUUAUCGACAACAUAACGGACAUGAAAGAAUUAAAAAAAUUGUUUCGCACAAAAACAAACGUGCUCAUACUGUUCGUGAGUGGAAUGAAGGAAAACAACGCUGUACUUGCGUCCUUCCGGGAGGCUGCCCACACCGUCAAGGGUCAAGGAACGAUGGUGCUGUUCGAUUGUAACAAUUCUGAGGUGAAGAAAAUUUGCAAAAAGCUCAAAGCCACACCGGCACCCUUUGCACUGAAGCAUUUCAAGGAUGGAGAUUUCCACAAAGACUACGAUCGUCAGCUAACGGCAACUAGUAUGGUCAACUUUAUGCGCGAUCCAACCGGAGAUCUUCCCUGGGAAGAGGAUCCAAUCGGGGUCGAUGUGAUGCACGUUCCAGAUGCGGUGACGCUAGGUAAAUUUUUGAAAAAAGAAGUCAAACCAACGCUAGUGAUGUUUUACGCUCCGUGGUGUGGUUUCUGCAAGACGCUAAAGCCGGAAUUUUCAGCUGCCGCUACGGAACUGAAAGGACGAUAUGUGCUGGCAGCGAUUGAUGUGAAUCGACCAGAAAAUUCUAUCAUUCGCAAGCAAUACAACAUAACCGGCUUCCCUACAUUGCUGUACUACGAGAACGGUCGCAUGAAGUACACAUUUGAGGGAGAAAACAACAAAGCAGGAAUCGUCGCGUUCAUGAAAAACCCGACCGCCCCUCCACCAACCAAACCAAAGGAACCGGAUUGGGCUUCGGAAAGCUCGUCCGAAAUUGUCCACUUAACGGUGGGCAAUUUUGAACCCGCCCUGAAGGAUGAGAAAUCGGUACUGGUAAUGUUUUACGCUCCGUGGUGUGGCCAUUGCAAGAAGAUGAAGCCCGAAUACGAGAAGGCAGCCGAAAUCAUGAAGGCAAAAAACAUUCCCGGCGUGUUAGCAGCACUCGAUGCGACGAAGGAAGCUCCUAUUGGCCACCAGUACGGUGUGAAGGGCUAUCCGACCGUAAAGUAUUUUAGCAAUGGCGAAUUCAAGUUCGACGUCAAUGUACGGGAAGCCGAUAAGAUUGUAAAAUUUAUGCAGAAUCCAACAGAGCCACCACCACCCCCGGCUCCAGAAGCACCGUGGGAAGACGAACCGUCCGAGGUGGUGCACUUGAAUGAGGAAACAUUUAAACCGUUCCUGAAGAAAAAGAAGCACGUGCUCGUGAUGUUUUAUGCACCAUGGUGUGGCCACUGUAAGCGAGCGAAGCCGGAAUUUGCUCGAGCGGCGGAACAUUUCAAAGAUGAUCCGAAAACUGAACUGGCUGCGAUCGACUGUACACGGCACAGUGCCGUCUGUUCAAGCUACGAAGUGCGCGGAUAUCCUACGAUUAAGUAUUUUAGCUACCUUAAAACCGUACGGGAGUACAACGGUGGCCGGACGGAGACUGAUUUUAUUGGCUACCUUAAGGAUCCCACCGCUGCUGCCACCGCAAAGACUGACAAAGUAGCUGAAGCGUUCGGAGACUUUCCCGGCUCGGACGAGAUGCUCGUACUGACGGACGCAAACUUCGACGAAGUGACUAAACAGGAACCAAAUCUUUUGAUUAUGUUCUACGCUCCUUGGUGUGGCCACUGUAAGCACAUGAAGCCCGACUUUGCCAAGGUAGCGCAGCUGUUGGCUGCUGAAAAAGUGCCCGCGAAAGUUGCUGCUCUAGACUGCACGGUGCAUGCGAAAACGGCCGAACGAUUCCAGAUUCGAGGCUAUCCGACGCUAAAAUUUUUCACCAAUGGGCAAUUUCAGAAAAAUUACGAAGGUAAACGAACUGCCCAGGAUAUGUUGCAGUUCUUGCGAUCGGGUGGAUCUGCAGCGAAGGAUGAGCUGUAA